GUGGUGCUAGAAGUGGCCCACCGUGUGGACCAAGAGGGAGUGGUUGCCGUGGACUCCGUGGUCGAGAAGCUGAUCUUCAAGCCGCAGGAUGUGGUCUCCAUUCGCGCCAAGGAUUCGGACCUGGAGUACGCGACCCACGACGUGUUUCAGACGGACAGCGCUAUUUCUA